AUGAGUUUCCCAAAUCCGGUCACUUCAGUUAAGUUGGUUCUUCUUGGAGAAGCAGCGGUUGGUAAGUCUUCAUUAGUAUUACGAUUUGUCAGUAAUGAAUUCCAAGAAAAUAAGGAACCAACUAUUGGUGCAGCUUUUUUAACUCAAAAGUUGACUAUAGGUGAUAGAGCUAUCAAGUAUGAAAUUUGGGACACAGCAGGUCAAGAACGGUUUGCUUCAUUAGCACCCAUGUACUAUCGUAAUGCUCAAGCUGCAUUAGUGGUUUAUGAUGUUACCAAGCCUGCUUCGUUUGUGAAAGCUAGACAGUGGGUAAAAGAGUUGCGUGAACAAGCUUCAAAGGAUAUUACCAUAGCAUUAGUGGGAAACAAAUAUGAUUUGGUGGAAGAUGACAACGAAGAAGAUCUGGUAAGAAAAGUUAACGUUGAAGAGGGUCAGAACUUGGCUGAUGAAGAAGGUUUGCUAUUUUUUGAAACUAGUGCUAAGACAGGAUAUAAUGUUAAAGAUGUGUUUGUGGCUAUAGGUAAUAAGAUUCCUGAAGCAACAGCUUCUGGUUCAGAUACAGCAACCAAUCAAACCUCUGGAGAGGGAAGAAUUGAUUUGAGUGGAGGAGGUAACUUCAAUAACGCCACUUCUGGAUGCUGUUAA